AUCUAAUUGUAGUAGUAGCCUCAAUUAUUGUUCUGAGCAUAGGAUCUAAUGGACAGGUGUUUGCCACCUCUGCAAUAAGGGGGAUCCGGUUUCUCCAGAUACUUCGCAUGCUUCAUGUAGAUCGACAGGGUGGCACCUGGCGACUAUUAGGAUCAGUUGUUUUCAUACAUCGUCAGGAACUCAUAACCACGUUGUACAUUGGAUUCUUGGGAUUAAUUUUUUCAUCCUAUUUUGUUUAUCUUGCUGAGAAGGAUGCAGUUGAUGAGGAUGGAAAAACAGGUUUCUCCAGCUAUGCUGAUGCCCUUUGGUGGGGUGUGGUAACAGUCACAACAAUUGGUUAUGGAGACAAAGUUCCCCAGACAUGGAUUGGGAAGACAAUAGCUUCCUGUUUUUCAGUAUUUGCUAUAUCUUUCUUUGCUCUUCCAGCGGGUAUUCUGGGGUCUGGUUUUGCCCUGAAAGUACAACAGAAGCAACGUCAGAAGCAUUUCAACAGACAAAUCCCAGCUGCAGCUUCUCUAAUUCAGACUCUGUGGCGGUGCUAUGCAGCAGAGAAAUCAUGCAGUUCUACAGCAACAUGGAAGAUCUAUGUUACAUCACCGGUCCAAAAUCCCAAAAAAACACCAGCGCCAUCUAGCCCUAUUCUGAGAAAACAGGCUAGAAGAUACAAAAGAAAAGGGAAACUAGGCUGUGGUAACAGUUCUGCAACUGUAAUAAACCCAGGAGAGAAUGCCUUGUCUAUUCCACAGAUCACUUAUGAUCACAUUGAUGAACAAGAAGGCAAAAAAGAUGUGUCUUUCUACAUUGAUGAACCAGGAGAAUACUAUGUUCAUUCUCAGCGUGUUUAUUGGCGCUGUGCAGCUUCCCUUGCUGACCAUGUAACAGCAGAUUUUGCUGAGUGUAUUUUGAUAUCGUGGUAUCAGUCUGUGAUGGACAGAAGCAGCAAAGUGUUGUAUAACUUGUGA